AUGGUCCCCGCGGCGGCCGUGCUCGGCGCGCUGCUCUGGGGGUGCGGGCUGGCGCUGCAGGGCGGCAUGCUGUACCCCCGGGAGAGCCCGUCGCGGGAGCGCAAGGAGCUCGGCGGCCUGUGGCGCUUCCGAGCGGACUUCUCCGACAACCGGCAGCAGGGCUUCGUGCAGCAGUGGUACCGGCGACCGCUGCGCGAGUUGGGUCCUGUCCUGGACAUGCCUGUCCCCUCCAGCUUCAAUGACAUGACCCAGGACCCCAGGCUGCAUGGCUAUAUCGGCUGGGUGUGGUACGAACGGGAGACAACUCUGCCCCAGCGAUGGACCCAGGACCUGGGCACGAGGGUGGUUCUGCGGAUUGGCAGUGCCCACUACUAUGCCAUCGUGUGGGUGAAUGGGGUCCACGUGGCAGAACACGAGGGAGGCCACCUUCCCUUCGAGGUCGACAUCAGCAAGCUGGUGCAGGGCAGGCCCGCGGAGUCCUGCCGGAUCACCAUUGCCAUCAAUAACACGCUCACCCCCACCACCUUGCCACCAGGCACCAUCCUCUACAAGUCGGACCCCUCCAAGUACCCCAAGGGCUACUUUAUCCAGAACACGAACUUCGACUUCUUCAACUACGCGGGGUUGCACCGGCCAGUGCUCCUCUACACCACACCCACCACCUACAUCGAUGACAUCACCGUGACCACUGGUGUGGACCAGGACAUCGGGCUGGUGAAUUACCAGGUGUCCGUAGAGGGCGACCCACAUGCGCAGUUGGAAGUUCGCCUUCAGGAUGAGGAAGGCCAGGUCGUGGCCCAGGGCUCGGGGGCCCGGGGCCAGCUGCAGGUGCCCAGUGCUCACCUCUGGUGGCCGUACCUGAUGCACGACUACCCUGCCUACCUGUACUCAUUGGAGGUGCGGCUGACAGCGCAGACGGCCGCUGGGCCCGUAUCUGACUUCUACACCCUGCCUGUGGGGAUCCGCACGGUGGCCGUCACCCAGAACCAGUUCCUCAUCAACGGGAAGCCGUUCUACUUCCACGGGGUCAAUAAGCAUGAAGAUGCUGAUGUCCGAGGGAAGGGCUUCGACUGGCCCCUGCUGGUGAAGGACUUCAACCUGCUCCGCUGGCUGGGCGCCAACGCCUUCCGCACCAGCCACUACCCGUACGCGGAGGAGGUGAUGCAGCUCUGUGACCGCUACGGCAUCGUGGUCAUCGACGAGUGCCCCGGCGUGGGCAUCGUGUUGGUAGAGAGCUUUGGCAACACAUCUCUGCACCACCACCUGGAGGUGAUGGAGGAGCUGGUGCGCAGGGACAAGAACCACCCGGCCGUUGUGAUGUGGUCUGUGGCCAACGAGCCCGCUUCCUUCCUCAAGCCCGCUGGCUACUACUUCAAGACGCUGAUUGCUCACACCAAGGCUUUGGAUCCCACCCGGCCCGUGACCUAUGUGACCAACUCCAACUAUGGCACCGACUUGGGGGCCCCGUACGUGGACGUGAUCUGCGUGAACAGUUACUACUCCUGGUACCAUGACUACGGGCACUUGGAAGUGAUCCAGCUGCAGCUGGCCUCCCAGUUUGAGAACUGGUACAGCACCUACCGGAAGCCCAUCAUUCAGAGCGAGUACGGCGCAGAAGCCAUUGCAGGGCUGCACCAGGACCCGCCGCUCAUGUUCAGCGAAGAGUACCAGCGGAGUCUGCUGGAGCAGUACCACCUGGUGCUGGACCAGAAGCGCCGGGAGUACGUGGUGGGCGAGCUCAUCUGGAACUUUGCUGACUUCAUGACCGACCAGUCCCCACAGAGAGUACUGGGCAACAAAAAGGGAAUCUUUACGCGCCAGAGGCAGCCUAAAAGUGCAGCGUUUGUUCUGCGAGAGAGAUACUGGAAAAUCGCCAAUGAGUCCCAGCACGGCCCUGCGGCGGGGACCUCUCAGUGUUUGGGCAACAGCCUGUUUACUUUGUAA